UGUGAGUCAGCACUGCCCUUAGCAUCUGGUGCCCUGAAGGUGAGCUCCGAGAUGUCCACGCUAUCCCCCUCCUGCUCCCCUCUGAGCUAAGUCAGCCCGCCUCACCCUGUUCAGCUGGGCCGAGGACCCCCGAAUGCAGAAACAAGCUAUCACCUGUGCCUUUGCCCCACAUAAAUCUUGUUGAAGAGCCUGCGCCUGCGGGCCUCUGGGAUCCAUGCCCACUAGCAGGAUUUCGCACAAGCACUCCACCCUACAAAAAGGAAAUCAAGCACGGAGGAAAAGGAGCAAAGUCCUGUCACAGGAGGCGGGGAAGAAACGAGCAUCUGCAGAGGUUGAGCAAAGUCCCACAGUAUCACAACCUGGAGCUGGUGCCAUGGACGCCGUGGUUCGACUCCUGCAGCUGCUGGUGCUGCUCCUGACCCUGCCCCUGCACCUGCUGGCUCUGCUGGGCUUAUGGCAGCCCCUGUGCAAAAAGUACUUCCCCUACCUGAUGGUUGUGCUGGCCGCCAAGACCAACCGCAUGAUGGAGAGCAAGAAACGGGAGCUCUUCAGCCAGAUAAAGGGGCUUAAGGGAACCUCUGGGAAGGUGGCCCUGCUAGAGCUGGGCUCUGGCACUGGUGCCAACUUCCAGUUCUACCCGCCUGGCUGCAGGAUCACCUGCCUGGACCCAAACCCCCACUUUGAGAAGUUCCUGACAAAGAGCAUGGCUGAGAACAGGCAUCUGCAGUACGAGCGGUUCGUGGUGGCUCCCGGAGAGGACAUGAACCAAGUGGCUGACGGCUCCAUGGACGUGGUGGUCUGCACUCUCGUGCUGUGCUCUGUGCAGAGCACGAAGAAAGUCCUGCAGGAAGUCCACAGGGUGCUGAGGCCGGGCGGAGUACUGUUCUUCUUGGAGCACGUGGCUGAGCCCGAAGGAAGCAGGGCCUUUAUGUGGCAGCAAGUUUUCGAGCCCACCUGGAAACACAUUGGGGACGGCUGCUACCUCACCAGGGAGACCUGGAAAGAUCUUAAGAAGGCCCAUUUCUCUGAGGUGCAAAUAGAAUGGCAUCCCCCUCCCAUCAAAUGGCUGCCUGUGGGGCCCCACAUCAUGGGGAAAGCUGUGAAAUAAGCUUCAAGCCCCCAAGGCAGUCCCUGGCUCCCUCCCCCUCCUCCGGUCAGAGCAAGCCCCCCACCACGCACUGUCUCCUCCUGAGAGGGACCAGGCAAAGAACGAGAGAAGCCCCAACCCCUACGACCCCCCAGGUCCUCUGCCAGGGGAGAUCUCUAGGUCCCUUCCCUCUUCCACAGCAAAAAAGCUCCAUCCCCACCCUCACCAGAAAAGAUGCGGCCUGUCCCCACCGCAAAUUCCUGAACUUUGCCCACCCACCUGCUACACAGCGGCUGUCCCCGGCCGCUCAUCCCCAUGGUGAAUGCCCCACCCCCUCGGAGAAACCCAUGUGCCACUUGGAACUGGUCACGAAAGCCACGAUCCCUGCGUCCCUGCCAGGCCCCCUGAGCCUCCCUGCCACUGCUACCUUUGGCCGGGGCUGUGAGCGUGGCGGAGAAUCGGGCCCUGGGGGCGAGGGCGCAGUCUCAGUAAGGCAGCCAGAGAUUCUGUCCUCAAAUAUUUUUUAAUAAAUAGACAAAACCCACUA